AUGGGUUCUACUCAGAAUCUUGAUCUGGAUACUGAUGAAUCAACUUCAAAGAAUGUCCAUAGCCAGAGAAACGAAAGCAUAUCUGGCUUUGUCAUGCAAAGAAUAAUAAGGUCAGGAUUUUCUUCUAUCUUUUUGUCUCCUGGCAAUACAACUUCGCGUCCAACGCUAUCCCUCGAUUUCUUACCUUGUUCUGUAAAGAUUGAGGCUUCGACAAACCAAGGUCUCUUGCUUUGCACGCAUUUCCCGCCAACAUAUCGAAACAUUCCAAAGGUUUAUGUGUGCAAACCCACUACAAAACAAUGGAAACAAAUUCCGAAUCCAAAGACUCGAUAUAGGAAUAAAGCAGUUGGUAUGAUUGUGUUGAGUUCAAGACCUUUGCAUUACAAGAUUGUGAGAUUUUCUCAGCCUAAGUUUCGUACGGAUAGAGAUUCCUAUCGAUUUAACAAUCUUCGGUGCGAGGUUUUUGAUUCAAAGAUCCAUGCAUGGAAGCAACUGAAGGAAGUGAUUUUGUACGAGUCAUUCCUUGGUUUUAAUUCUGCCGUAUCUGCUUGUGGUUCACUUCAUUGGCUUACGUUUGGAUGUAAAAUUUUUGCCUUCCAUGUGAAGGAAGAGACAUAUAGCAUGAUUUCGCUACCCGAAGCGAAAAAUAUGGAAGAAGAAGCAGAUAGUGAACUUUGA